UUAAAUGCCAGCAGCUCAGCAGCUCGCGGUUUUUGUGUCACUUUGACUCAGCCUGUGACAGCUGAUUAGAUGAAGCCUGGCAGCAUAUCGUGAACAAACGGGGAUGUGAAAGCGCAUACAUUUAAUCGCAGUCGCUGGGCGCGCGGCGUUUUUCGUCAGGAACGGUUGCUCCAUUUCAGUCGUCUUCCUUCUGCGCUACAUAAACGGUAGCUUAUCUGGCUAGCUCGCAGCGACAUUAUGGCAUGCGUUUAACUGAGAGAGCUCUUCCUCAUUGCGUUUACCCUAAGGGGCAGUUCUGCUUUCAGUGGAUGAUAAAUACCCAGACACUUCCUGUCAAAGUCUUGCUAACUGCUAUGGAGCCGUCCGCGGCUAUGGGCUGUAUGAACAUUGGCAAUCUGACCAGCACCUUGCCGGUGAUCCCCUACCAGAAGCUGACAGACCUGUACUACCUGAGCAGAGGGGGCUUCGGCACCGUGUUCAAGGCACAGCAUUCCGACUGGAGGACCACUGUGGCCAUCAAGUGCCUGAAACUCGACUGUCCUGUUGGAGAAAGAGAGAGGAAUUGCCUGCUGAAGGAGGCAGAGGUCCUUCACAAAGCCAGGUUCAACUACAUCAUCCAGAUCUUUGGCAUCUGCAACGAGCCCGAGUUCUUCUGCAUAGUCACAGAGUUUAUGAGCAAUGGCUCUCUGGACCUGUUGCUCCACGAGAAGGACAUGUACCCUGGCCUUGCCUGGCCUUUGCGACUGAGGAUUCUGUAUGAGAUUGCCCUGGGGGUUAACUUCCUUCACAACAUGAACCCACCCCUCUUACAUCAUGACCUAAAGACACAGAACAUUCUGUUAGAUGGUGAAUUUCAUGUAAAGAUUGCAGACUUUGGCCUGUCAAAGUGGCGGCAGCUGUCUGUCAGUAAAGGCUCAGGGUCCAAACCCACAGAGAUGGGGGGCACAGUGAUCUACAUGCCCCCAGAGAAGUACGAACCAUCCAAGAGCCGCCGGGCCGAUGUGAAACACGAUAUGUACAGCUAUGCCAUCAUUAUGUGGGAAGUGCUGUCCAGGCAGAUUCCAUUUGAAGAAGUGACUAACCCCAUGCAGAUCAUGUUCAGUGUGCUGCGUGGGACUCGUCCUGACACGAGUCUGGACAGUCUGCCCGCUGAAAUCCCCAGCCGAGAAACCCUCAUCAGCUUAAUGACCUGCGGCUGGACCUCUAACCCUGAUGAACGGCCGUCCUUCCUCAAGUGCUUGAUUGAGCUGGAGCCCAUGGUGAGAAAGUUUGACGAAAUUGACUUCCUGGAAGCCGUGUUGGAGAUCAAGAGGUCAAAGUUGAUGGGGACAUCAGGCUGUUGUGCAGCCCAGUCAGUGUGUGAGAAGAGCAUUGAGAAAGGAUCCCUGAACAUGCUGAAGGAAAGGCCCAACCCCUGGCUGGAGAGCUCCACCUCAGGCUCAGGCUCUUGUUCCUCCCAGGACACAGACAUAUCUCUACCAGGCGCCCUCACCAGCAGCAAUGUUGCACCCUCUAAAGAGGGGCUUCCAUCUUCAUUCUUGGCUCAUAAUCUGGAGCCCCCUGAGUCCUUGAAGGACAGCUGUGCAGUCAACAACCUGAACGGCUACCAGAGUGCCAGGCCCCUGAAUGAAUUGAACAUACCCAUCAAAACAGACCUGCCCGUCACUGAAUACGAGACACAGCUGGAUAACCUCCCCCUCAAGAUGCAGCCUCAGCAACAAGAAUACUCUCCUCCCUUGCAGCACUCCCCUUCCUCACAAGGCCCAAUCGCCCAGUGGAUCUCGACGCAGCGUGAGAAGAUCGUCGCCCAGAUGACGGAGGCCUGUCUGAACCAGAGCUUGGACGCCCUGCUGGCCCGCUCCAUGCUGAUGCGGGAGGAUUACGAACUGGUGAUGAACCAGCCCACGCGCACCGCCAAGGUCCGCCAGCUCCUGGACCACUGUCACCGACACAACGAAGACUUCUGCCAUAUUGUCGUCCGCAAGCUGCACGACAACAAGCAGAUGGGUCUGCAGCCGUACCCGGCGGAAAUCAGCUCCGCUAAAGCAGCCGUCCUACCCAGCGCACUGCCGCUAUCCAUGUCCUACAAUAUCCCCAGGAACUUGUAGUGGCAGUCACAGCAAAUGGAAGCAAUCCAUAUUAUAGACUGUGUCAACAUUACACUACACGUCAUCAGUGUCAACAUGGUUCCUGUCAGUGUUUGUCUCAGUAAGACUGAGGAACAGCUGGUUGAGCAAAAAGAGCCACAGGUACAAAACGAAGCCUUUGGCUUUGAAGUUAAUUUCCAUUCAUCAAGUACAGACAAGAGGUUUUAUUCUGUAUAAUCAGAAUCAAAAGAUUUUGACUGAAUCAGUGGUUUUAUUUAACGGUGUGAUGGAUUUAAUAAGGCGAUUUAUUUAUAUUCUCCUUAUUCUGAAUGGAUGUAUGGCAGGGUUUCUCUUCCUUUGGUACGUUAUGCUUUUGUCUGCAAAGCUCGGUUACCAUUAUUAUUAUAUCAUUAAGGCAUAGUGUGUGUGUGCGUGCGUGGCCUUAUUUGAAGAACGCAAACUCAGUUUGUCUGAGAAAGUGACAGAAGGACGGAUAAAAAACUGGAAAACCUCCAUUAUUAUUAUUGUUAUUGUUAGUAUUUUUAUUAUUAUUGUAGCAAUCUUAGUGUUAAAGUAUCAUGUGGUCAAGGGUUAAUAAUCCUGAAAAGUGAAGUGAAGUGUGAAUAUGUGGCCCCAGCAGCAACAGAGAGUGUGUGUGUCUUUGUAUUGAAGGACACGACCUGCCGUCAGUGAGAAAAUGCACAGUCAAGUGACGUGGAAGGAUGACUUCAGAGAUAAUGAUAGCAGUCUAGAAAUGUGGUUAUGAGCAUUCGUGGCUUCACGUCACUCAGCUGAAGUGUCAGAAUGAGCUGUGAUUUCGGUACAGUGGUCAUGUGACUGUAUGGAAAAUUUUUGCACUGGGGCUCUUUUUCCUCCCCCUCUUCUUUACCACUGAGCUAAAGAAAGUCACUGAGGCGUGGAGUAAAGAGGAAAUUGAGAUUGUAAUACAACACCCGCAUUGAGAGGGACGAGUGUGUGUCUGCACGUCUGUGUCUCGAUUAAAAGUGGGCCAAACUGAUCUGCACACAGAUUUCUUUUGGUCUUCUCAAGUCACCUCUCAGCUUACUUAAUAAUGCUCACUUCAGACACUUCAGACUCAUCUGGAUACUCCCAGAGUUGCAGUUUAUCCAUGGACUUGGAGCUAAGAUAAAGAAAAAUAAGUUUAAUAUUUUUCGAACACACCGAGCUGCUCUGCAGGAGCAUGUGACGACUGCAGCACAAUCAAAAAUGCAUUGCUUGUAGCAAACCUUUAGUUUACUGCUUCUAAGCAGUCCCAACCUUUUCUACUGUAGCUGUGCUUCCUUAUCUGCUGACAAUGACAGUAACACCUGUUCAUAAAACGAUUUUCUCUCAUUUCUCAAGUACACACACACACACACACAUACAUAUACAUGCAUUAAGACAGUAGCACCAUUUAAUGAGAGUAACACCUUUUCCAUAGUCUUGGGAUUUGUCCUUCAUUCAUACAUACAGCAUUUAUGUUCUGUGUGCCAAAAUGGGGUAGGUAAGAGUUUCCAUGACAAGAUUAUUACUUUCAGCCCUUCUUAUAGUCGUGUGUGUGUGUGUGUGUGUGUGUGUGUGUGUGUGUGUGUGUGUGUGUGUGUGUGUGUGUGUGUGUGUGUGUGUGUGUGUGUGUGUGUGUGUGUGUGUGUGUGUGUGUGUGUGUGUGUGU